CGCGCUGGGAGCCGCAGGGCCGGGCCUCCGGGGCAGACCUGACGCGGACGGCCCCAUGGCGGGCUGCGGGACUGCCCGCGGGCCCCGGCACUGCUCCUGCGGCCGCAGGAUCUCGGUGACAGACGAGCACGACCGUUGCGUCCUCUGCCUGGGAGCGGGCCACGACCCGCAGGGCUGCGGGGCCUGUGCCGCCAUGGCCCCCUACGCAGCCCACCUUCGCUGGGAGCGCCUCCGCGCCCUGCUGCAGGCCCGGCCCGGCGGUGGCACCGACCAGCGCCCUGAGCGGGUGAGCUGCGGGGCGGUGAAGGGGAAAUCCACCAAACGCCGGCAUGAGCUCGCCUUCCCGGCCAGCAGCCAGGGCUCUGUCCCAGCACUGCAGCGCACAGCCCCCCUGCACCUUCCAGCAGAGCCUGGGAGAGCGGCUCUGCUGAAGGACCCGCUGUUGUCACCUCCAAAAACUGAGUCACCUCCCCAGAGCAAAACUUUCACAGUACCUGACAACACACACUCCCCGCAGAAGCAGCAUUGUUGUGUAAGAACCAGACAGAACCCAAAAGCUUCAAGCCCACAAACACUGAAGCCACCACCUUCAAGCGGUUUUGUGUCCCAGUCUCCCCUCCGUCCCCUGCACUCGGUGCCAGGACUGGAACCGCAAUCUAGGGAAUCUCAGUGGCUGGGUAUGCUCUCAGACCUGGCCAGAUCCAUCCUCCUAAUUGCUGAGGCUGCCUCAAGACCCAAAGAGCCACCUCCAGAACUUGCCGCAGAUCCUUUGGUCAGCUCCGGUGCAGCUGGGAUGCUUUUGGAACCAAGGAUAUCCUCUGGAUCUCAAGAGCUGUCUCUCCCACUGGAUGAACCAGUUGCCUCAAGUCGAAUGCCCCCUCUGCCAAUGGUCUCAGAGCAGCCACUAUCGUCCCCCUGUGACAGAGUGUCCCCUCACCCCACUUCGCCAACAGGGGCUUGUGACUCAUCCAGCUGGAUGCAAGGUGCUGCUUUUGGGGAUGACGGUUGUUGCUAUGAUUCUUCUGGAGAGGUUGAUUUGGCUGACCCUAGCUACCAUUUUAAAACAGAAGAACAAGAAGGUAAUAGUUCCACAUCAGAAAGUCCAUCUUUCCCCCAGUUCUUGAAAAGAUUGGCUAAACUGGUUGGAUUUCAUUUAAUUCCAUUCCAGGAGGCAACAGGAAGUGUCAUUGAUGGAUAUCUGGAUCAAAAGCCUGUCUGCGCUAGCAUUGCCGUGCCCUUGGAUCCUAUCUUGGACAAGCUGGUAAAGAAAGUAUGGCAGACACCCCACACCAUUCCUCCUGUGUCAAAGGAAAUUGAGAGAAAAUACAUCCUCCCUGAGGAUGCGGUUGGUUAUGUCUCUCCACCUGCGCACAAGAGCAUGGUAGUUGCAGCAAUGGCGAGGGAGAAGGUGGGCUGGGAGCAUGGUUCUGCACCCCAAAACCCAGAAUUGCAAUGCCUGGAUUCGUUUGGGCAGAGGGUUUACCAGUCAGCAGCUGCAGCCCUUCGUGUCGUGGACUACCAAGUCUACAUGGCCAGAGGUCAAGUUGAGCUCUGGAAGAAAGUUUCUGCGCUAGUGAAACGUCUUCCACAGGACCAGCGCCAGGCCUUCCAGGCCAUCAUUCUUGAGGGCACGGACCUGGCCAGGCAUCAGGUGCAAGCAGCCUUGGACGCAGGGGAUACAGUGGCGAGAGCCGCUGCCUCGGGGGUGGAUGCACAGCGUUCUGCUUGGCUGCAAGCCUCCAGCUUCCACGAGGAGGUCCAAACAAAGCUCGAGAACUUACCCUACACAGGGGAGAAUCUCUUUGGGGAACAGGUGGAAGCUACUUUACGAAGAGCCAAAGAAAGACAGGCCACGCUGCGCUUCCUGAGGUCGGUAUACUGCCCCUCAGCCCCCCGCAGCGGGGCUGGGAAGGGGAAAGCUCCUCUGCAUAAGCCGGCUUUCACAUCCACCGUUUGUUUCAAGGGUGUGCAGUGCCCUUCUGGGAAGGGUGCCCCACCACAGUAGCAGAAUGAGCAAAAAUACAGCAAAAAUAAAAGGAAGUUCAAAGAGCCUGAGGCAUUUAGCUGGUAAAUCUUGUUUGGUAAACUGAUACCUGUAAGUGAGAUGACUCUGCCUUUUAUUUCCUCCCGCUUUUGAGUUUCACGUCCUAAGCUUUAUUAUGCAUGACUAGAAAACAAAAGUGUAUCCCAGUCUCCAUUCCUCAGUUCCUGAGAGUGCUCUAAUAAACCAUCUUGUGGAGAACCGCAUACGGUCAGAGUCCUCUUGGGAAAGACAAGGGGCCGUGGGGAGGAGGAAUACAACCUAAUGUGGAAGUUAAAGAACCAGAGAAGUCUGAGAUACUGGCACAGGGAUUCCUCUGUCCCUUGUAGACCAAGGCAAGAGGCUGCCGAUUCAGCCUCCUGCAGCAGCUGUGGCAGCGCGCUUUCUCAGCAGUGACAUUUUUUAAAAGUGAGGUACAAACCACCUCUGGAGCUGGUGACCUGAGUGGUGAGAGGCUCGUUUUCAGCACAGAGACGGUUUGGCUGGCUCUUGCUUUUUGUGAGUCCAAUGGCAAUCUGUUAGUUUUCUUUCACUUGAAGUGUUUCUCUCUCUUCUCAAGAAGGAAACCUCAGCAAGAAUUUAAGUAAUGUCUGCUACAGCUGUUUGUAUUAUAAGUGGCUGAAAAUAUUCUUUCUCUCCCCAAGGACUUGUCUGGUUGGAAAACUGAUUGACAUCACCUUCCAAACUAACUGUUCUGCUGCAGUUCACCCAUAUUCUCUGCUAUGAAAUGACUUUGCAUUUGUUCUUAAAUAAAAUCAAUUUUAUUUCAAACUA